AUGUUGGUGAGGACAGUUUUGGUAUGUUUGGUGUUGGCUUCACUGUCGGAAUGCAUGUUCCGUCCCCAGCAACAUCAUUAUGAGGAGUGCUCUUGUGAAGAAGAAGUACCGUGUGAAGAAGAACCAACACGUCCGCCUACUACAACUACAGUGAAACCAACAACUGUGCCGGUGACUACACCAACUACUACACGGACUACUACCCGUACCACUGUCCCAUCUACCACCCCGACAACUCCCACGACGACAACAACUACAGUCGCAAGUACUACGACCAUAAAACCGUGUGGAAAUGUUCGCGCAGCUGUAGCGCCUUACCUGAGAAAGAACGGAUACUGGUGCUCACUGAUGGUAUCCUUUGGCGCAGGCAGCACUAAUUAUUAUGAUUAUGAGCGUGGACGUGAAGAUUGUCUCAUGAACAACUUGGUUGUGAGCAGUUUAGAAACGGAUCAAGAAAAAGCUGCAUACAUUAGACUGGCCCAAACCACUGUCUUAUAUGACCUCACUGCAUUCUGGGUUGGCGCCAGUCUCAACACAACUGAUCAUAAAUAUUAUUGGGAUGACGGACAGGCUGUUGGACUUUUGGAUCCCCAACCAAGAGUUGUAGACCCCAAUGGUCAUGUCGCUUGGUUUUUGAAUAAGAAUUCUAGUGUACCUGGAUAUGGAGAUUUCAGAGUUGUUGCAAAAACUGGUGAAGGACCUCCAAAAGUCAACGGUCUGUUAUGUGGAGCUCCUGGGCUACAGUUUAAUUGA